CGUACGGCGCGAUGCAUGUUGGGAGUUCGGCGCGCAAUGGCGGUUCCCAACCUGCGGGGCCGGCUAGCGCGGCUUGGAAACUCACAGAAGCCUGUACUGAAACCCAGCAGACCCCUCAUUCUAGCUAACCGAGUGGGAGAACGGCGCCGGGAGAGAGGCGAGGCAACGUGUGUCAUGGAGAUGUCAUUGAUGAUGGCUUGCUGGAAGCAAAAUGAAUUCCACGAUGAAGCGUGCGGAAAAGAAAUCAAGAACUUCUUCGAUUGUGCUUCAAAGGCUGAGGCAUCCCGAAAAAUGAAAUCAACACAGGAGAUCAUGGGAGAGCUUGGGAGUUUACACCCCAAGAAGUUGAAUAAAUUAUUACAGAGGUUUCCUAGUAAAUCUUAUGUCCUCUGAAAAUGGAGAAAUACUGUCACUGACUGGACUGUAUUUUCUGAAAGCUAUGAAAAAGCUGUUUUUAAAGAUAGUUGCACUGGCAUCUUUUUGAAGGACAAAAGUAGGCAAGACCUUUUUUCCACUUUGUAAUCAUGGUCUGCGAAUUAACCAUCUUGAAUGAAAUACUAUGAAGAGAAUUUGACCUUUUGUUGCUGAGUUAUAUACUCCCUUCAUACUUGAACCAUAUAUCUUCCUCUAGAUUCUGGAAGUUCUUUGCUCCCUGAUUUGCUCUAGGAACCAGAUAAAAAACCUUUGUGGCACAGUGGAUAAAGUAUUGGACUUGCAAACAUGAGUUCUCUGGAAUACAGUGUGCCAGAGUGAUUCUGUGGUUCUCUCUUAAAAUAAAAUAAAAAUUAUAAAAAGAAAAACACCAA